AUGGCGUCUGGGAUGGUCGGAGGAGGCGGAUCCUUGUCGGAGGUAUAUAGUAGCGCGAAAAGGAUUCUACUCAGGGCUCGAGAUGGAAUCGAGAGGUUGGAGAGGUUCGAAUCCGCUGCUCCUAUGGAUUCUUCCGAUCUGGUUUCUUCCGUGAAACGAGACAUUACUGAGGUCCAAUCUCUCUGCUCCAACAUGGAUGGUCUCUGGCGAUCAAUCUCCGUUAAAUCACAGCGCGAUCUCUGGAGGAGAAAGACUGAACUAGUUGGAGAAGAGGCAGAGUAUUUGAACCAAAGUCUGGAAAAAUACAUGUGGAGGAAUCAGAGAAGGAUGUUGGAAGCUAAAGAGAAGGCUGAUUUGUUAGGCAGAGCGAGUGGAGAGGGAGCUCACAUUUUGCAAAUAUUUGAUGAGGAAGCUCAAGCAAUGGACUCCGUGAAGAAUUCAAAGAGAAUGCUAGAAGAUUCGUACGCAAGUGGUGUUGCUAUACUCUCCAAAUAUGCUGAACAAAGGGAUCGUUUGAAGAGGGCACAGCGUAAAGCUUUGGAUGUUCUGAACACCGUAGGGCUCUCCAACUCUGUACUGAGGCUCAUUGAGAGGCGGAAUCGUGUUGAUACAUGGAUCAAAUAUGCCGGUAUGAUCGCAACAAUUGUCGUAUUGUAUCUGUUCAUAAAAUGGACACGGUAA